CUUGUUUGGAGGUGCUCUAUAUGUAAAUAUCAAUUAAUCGAUUUCGGCGGUCCGAAGACUAUAUUUAUUGUCUCAUCGGACAAAUUGGUUCCGUGGCGGAAUAGAGAUCACGAGAUAAAAAGCCAACGGAGUGAACCAAAGGGACUGACUGAUCCUUCGAAACCUCAGUUCAUCCUAUCCCGUGUAUAACAGCCCUCUUUCAGCGCGUUGGGUACUAUUUUACGCCUCUACCUCUGAGCCUAGUGAUGGAUGAACUAGACUCCUCAAUCAGGUAACCAGUCUCAAUAUUCCCAAAUCGUGCAGAGUAAUGAUUGCAUUAGGUCUCUCAUGAAAGAUCAAGGAUAGUCACUCAAUGUUGAGGUCAUACGCCUUAAUGAAUUUGUUAUCAAAAUACCGAACUAGUGGAAAACAUUGCCUAUUAGUUCAUAGACGUGCAUCAUGGUUGUAGAAUACUUGACAGUCCGGAACCUUACAUCAACCCCGCUUUUAUUGAAGCACGUUGAGCGGUUCCUGGCCCCGGACGUCCCAAAGCGCGAUAUCAAGAAGGUGGCCGAAGCACUACUGAAGAACAAUGUGACCAGAUCUACAUCAGUCGUGGACACUUCGACGCAGAAUCCCAAAAUUCUUGCUAAUCAUGAUGUGUCAAUUCGGAUUGAACCAUUUACCUCGGUGGUUACGGAUAUCCGGGCUUUUGACAAGUCAGAUAGAGAACGUAUGCGUCUGAUAUUUGAAGCAGAAGGCGAGAGACACCAAAUUGAAACCCCUGUAUCUACCAAGGAGUCCGCCACAUCUAAACCGCUGGCUGCUAAUCCCCGUUUCCAAUUGACCGGAAUCUAUAUUAUCCCGGAAUCCCACCUUGCUGUAUACUCCUCUGCCAACCUCAAUGCUUGGAUGCGCGAGCUCAAUGACGGAACCUAUCUUUCUGCCCUUUCCAUUCCCGGUACUCACAACUCCCCAACAUGCCAUCUAGCUCCUCCCUCAGUUCGCUGUCAGGCUGUUGGGCCCCGAGAACAACUGGAAAACGGCGUUCGAUUUUUCGAUGUCCGGGUGCAGCCCCAAUUUCCCGACGAUCCAAGCAAGGACAAUCUGGUGCUUGUCCACGGGGCAUUCCCGAUCUCAUUUACGGGGCAAAAAUACUUCCGCGAUCUCGUUAACGAGGUUGAAUCAUUCCUUGAGCGCAAUCCUUCUGAAACUCUCAUUAUGUCCGUGAAGCGGGAAGGGCCAGGGAACUCUACCGAUGCGCAACUUAGCCGCAUUCUCCGGGACCACUAUGCGCGAGAUGGGAGCCGGUGGUACACCGAACCCAAAGUCCCUACCCUUGGCAAAUCUAGGGGUAAGAUCGUGUUGAUCCGGCGGUUUGCUUUAGAAGAUCGGUUGAAGAAAGAAUGGAGAGGACGGGGCUGGGGUAUCGAUGCGGAAGGCUGGGCUGAUAAUACCCCAUUUGCGACAUGCCCAAGCGGAGACAUUUGCAUCCAGGACUUCUACGAGGUACUCGAGAAAGAAAAGAUCCAGCAGAAAAUAGAGUAUAUCAAUGCUCAUUUUGGGAGGGCGGCGGAGCUGUGUUAUCCGUGUGGCGUCAUUAAGAAGGAAGGAGAAGAUAAUAGCGACCGUGGUGAUCUCAAGCUUCCCUUUUAUAUAAAUUUCCUUAGCGCGAGCAACUUUUGGAAAGUAACGACUUGGCCGGAAAAGAUUGCGGCCAAAGUGAAUCCAGCUGCAGUGGAUUAUUUGUGCCGCAAGCAUCAAGGGGAGAAGGGGGAUUGGUCUACGGGGAUUCUGGUGUGCGAUUGGGUUGGAUUAGGCGGUGACUGGGAUCUAGUGAGAUGUGUCGUUGGAAUGAACGCAAGGCUCAUGAUGAGACAGAAAUAAAUUCGGCCAAACAACCACUUGGAGGGUUGUUGCUCCAUAUUUGGCAAAAUAACCAAUUAUAGGAACAGUGCCAGCAUACUGACCGAGGUUUUGAACCGGUUUGGAUAAAAUAUAUGAUACAUAAUGUACAGUAGAUAUAGAGGAAAAAGGUCAGCAUGUAUCAGAAGAACCAAACCAAAAUAAAAACCAGAAACGACCACAAGCUAUAUCUAGAAGUAGAACAAUGAAAAAAAAUGGAACAACAAACAAAAGUAUAUAGUCAUCGUCUAUUCCUUUAAAGCAUCCGUUUGCCCCUCACUCUCGCUCUUAACGUCACUCUCAGGUCCCUUCUGCUCCUCUUCCAAGACGCUCCUCCGGCUCUCAAGAGUAAGAUACAGACUCUUACCGGCCGCAUCCAACGUCGUAGUAAUGCUUGCUCCUGCGCCUUGCAAGAGCGACACAAGUUGAGAUCUCAACCCAGUCAUGCCACCCUCAAUUCCACCAACCCAUCUCGUCUGGUCUUGGUCGAACACCUUGCCCUCCACCCUCG